AUGACGGUCAACUCGGUAUUGGCGUCGCGAAUUCUCGAGCUGAUCCCGCUGUAUUCUCCCCUACCAAGGUUCAGGGUCUUAGCAGGAAUGACCUCGAUGGAGCCACUAGUCUUUGCUUGUGGACAGCAUGACGUUGGGCAGAUUGGACUUCCUGGAGAUGAUCCACUUUUCAUCGCGCAUCCGGGAUCAAUUCCUUUCCCGGUUCAAGUUCCACUUCCAGAUCCCGAUGAUCCUGUCGUCCGCAUCUCAACUAGCAGUAGAGGCAAUUGGGUGGUUACUGCUGAUGGUGCACCUUAUGGAUGGGGGGAAGCCAACUCUUCUGAACUAGGUCUUGGGUGGACUGACAAAAAGAAGGAAGUGUCGAUGGCUCGAACACCCCAGGUGAUUGUGAGAAGAGACGGUGGGUGGAGAGCUAAGGAAAUCGCUUGUGGGGGACAACAUUCUGUAUGUUUAUUGAGGAGACGGGCAUGA